CCUCCCAGGGUUUCUCCGCUGGGCCCGACUAAUAUGCUGGUUUGUUCCACAAAUCUGUAUGCGCAUUGUUUCCUCUGUCCAGAUAUGACUGCGGGUUUAUCUUUCUGUGGACAGGACUUGAGCGCCACCCUGGCGAAAGUGAGAAAAUACAGUGUAUUUUUACAUCAACAUCAGCCUACUGGUGACGAAUUCUGUUUUUCUUAACUGGCCAUUUUUAAGAGCCAUGUAGUACGCGCUUUAGAAGAGGCAUCGAUACAAAUCGCAUAAAGCGCUACAUAAAACGCUCGUUUCACUUCGUGUCGUGAAAAUGACAAUGACGGAGGCAAUGUGGGCAAAGGCUUGUUUUGCAAGACAUACUCGGUAGCGUUGAGGAUCAGGGCAUCACAAUUUAAAUCAUAAUUUUGUAAGCAUUCCAUGACCUAUUUUAUUACAGUUUUUUGUUGUUGUUGCAAAUUGCCAUAUUUUCCAUGCAUAGUCGUUGAGCCGCACUCGCAUGACGCCAAGCCUAUAGUAAAUGACACAACAUGUGCAGCAACAGCGAGAUUGACAAGCGAGAGCUCUCUAAAAUGUCCGACGAGGAUUUGAUGUCAUUCUCCAAAAAAGACAUCGUGGCCAGGUUGCGCCAAGAGGAGGCCAACAAGAUGACAGCCCUUAUACAGCGAGGGCGGUUAAUUAAAGAGGUUAAUAAACAACUGCAGGAGCAUUUACUCGAAAUCAGGGAACUCAAAGUAGUCAAUAAUAGGCUUCAGGAGGAGAACCAAGAACUGCGAGAACUAUGUAGUUUCCUGGAUGAUGACAGAAUGAAAAUAAAAACGCUUUCCCGAGAGUGGCAACUUUUUGGACACAAGGCAGCCAAAGUGAUGCGUGAGGACGUGGGUGGACAUUUGAAGAAGUUAGCUGAUUUGGAACGAGUGCAAGAUGGAUUGGUAAAGGAGAAUUUCGAUCUCAAGGAACUGUGUGUUGUUCUGGAGGAGGGUUGUGUCAGCAGAGGUGAUUCCAGUCCUGGCGGGUCGUCGGAGUUGAGUUUACAGUAUUUUGUGGCCCGGGACUUUGGAGACGGAAGUUCCAGCGCUGGGAGCAUCGGUAGUCCAGAUCCUCUUCUAGUCUGUUCCCCCGAUGAAUGAGAUGGUACCAACAAACCUCUUCUAUCAAAUAUAAAAUAUGUUGUUAAUGUCACCUCAGGUUACAUAAAAGGGAAAUGGGUCGUUUGCUAUGUUAUAGAUUUCUAGCAAAAUAUCACAGGCCACGUUCUUAUCGUGCAUUCAAUAUGACAGGAGCUGACCAUGGUUCUGAAAUAAGCAACAUGCUGUACAUCCGACACGGGAAUGCUUUAUCUCGAACUGUUUUAUAUUGACUGAUGAUGGGAAUUUGUAUUCUUCAGUUCUCUUUUAUUAGUUUGCAUGGCACAUGUUCAAUUUUCACUUGCAGUUUUGUCAUAUUGUUCACACAAAUAGUGUUUAUUUCCCUCCAUUCAAUAUCACUUUUCUCUCUGAAUAUCAAAGCAUUAUCUAUACUAUCCUUUGAGCUGGUGAGCCUUUUCUAAGUCAGUGUCUGUGCCCCUUAUAGCAUGUCAUAGUAUUUAUAAUACAAAAAAAAACAAUUGUCCAAAACUUUACUGUAAUUGUGAAAACCCUCAUGUUUUUACACUGUUUUGAUUAAAAGAUGACAAUAAUGAUCUGUAA